ACUUAUCGAGGUAAAAUACUUCCGGUACCACUAAAGUAUGAGAAUUGGGGAGUUAUACCACUUAACUAAGAAUAGGGUAUUAUGUACCACUGAACUCUAUUACAUAUGCAUCUGAUACCACUUAAGUUUACUGCUAAGUGCAUUGCAUUAAAGUUGACAGAAUAUUCUUGAAAUAUUCCGUUUUAUAAAUUUAUAAUUGGUCCUUCUACUUUUCUUAUUUAAAAAAAAUAUUUGGACUUAUGAAAAACAUAUUUUUUUAUUGUUUAAUUGAAAUCUUAUUUUGAAUGCUUAAUACCAAAUCAAUUUUGAAUAGAAAAUUUAGAAUAAAUUAUCAUAAUAACUAUUUUCAAUUACCAUUAUGUGUUCUUAUAAUUCAAUAAUUUCCUAAAACAAAUAUAUCUUAUGAAUUCUAUCUCGACAUAAAUAACCUGAAAAUGUUAUAUUUAGUUCUCUUACAUCAUGAUGAUGCUUAAUUUUCCAUGUUAAAUAUUUUUUUUAAUUCUCUAAUAUUAUAUUGUAGAUGUUUCAUAUUAGUUAAAUUUAGUAAUUCUAAUUCUCUUCCUAUAAUCAUAUUUUCUUUUCUAUAUUUUAUUACUGAAUUUUGUAGCUUUUAUAGUUUAUAUUUAUUACUUGGUUACUUUCCGUCUCUUUUCGCUUUUAAUAUUUUUUCAAUUACUGCAAUAUGUUUAAUUUCUUAUGAUUACAUUUAUCCUUCUUUGAUUUUAAUGUAUUAAUGAUUGAUCAGGUUCUAUUUUAACUAUUUCUAAUGGUGCUUCUAAUUGAAUUAGAGGAUUUAAAUAUAACAGGAAAUGAAGGUAGAGAAAAGGUGCCAGGUCGGGUAUGAUGAUGGAGCCCACAAAAGUUACCCUUUUCUGCCUUUUCGCUUUGUCUUUCUCUCCUUUGCGCUUUUUAUCGGCCUGAUGUCACGUUUUCUUAAUAAUACGCACCCACCCACCCCACGCUUUGGCUUUGCCUAUCCCGUUCCCCUUCUCUUCUUUUCUAUCUCAACUGUAGCGUCUUUCUCCUUUCUUCUUUCAUUUCAUUUCUGGCCUUGUCCCUUUACUCACUAUAUAUGUUGUGAUUUUUAUUUUUAUUUUCUUCGUUUGUUCACAUCCCAUUUUCGAACACCAGAGCAGCAGAGAGAGACGAACUAGAGAGAGAGAGAGAUUUCUUCUGUUUACCCUUCUAGGGUUUUCUUCACCUUCCCUCUCCCCUUUGCCCCUUUUUCAGAGAUUGAAGUAUUAUUCUAAUAUACUUCCUUUCUCUAGCCCCGACUGCUUUGGUUACUGGAUCCCCUCUCUGCCCUUAUACCCUUUCUCAGGUAAUCUUUUUGUUGCUGAUCUUCUCCUGGAGAAAUGGAUCUUUCUCUUGUUGUGUUUCUUCUGUGUGUUUUGAAUUUGAUCUUUUUUUCUUAUUACUUCACUGUUUUCGUGUCCGGUGUGAUUGAUGGAUUCCGGUGAUUAUGGGUUCUCUUUAAAAAUGGGUUUUUUUUUUUACCCGUCUCACCUUUUUGUGCCGGCGGACUUGUUCUCGUUCCUCCCCUGUUUCUGUGGUGUAUUCUGUUUCCUUACAAGGUUUGUCCGGAAAAAAGUUGUGGGUGGUUCUUGUCUUUAUAUGGUAUAUUAGUUGACUGCUUUGGAUCUACUGCUCGUUGUUGAGUUUUUUGCUCUUGGUUCCUCCUUCCUUUUGAAGUAUUUUUCCCCCCCUUUUGGCGGAGCUGUUGAUUUUGAUGGAAAACUGAGAAAGGAUGCUCCUUUGUUCGACUGGGGAAAUUGUAACAGUACUAGUUUCUACUUGGCUGACUUGUCUUCUUGGUAGUGGUCUUGAUGUGGAACUUGAAAGGAUAUUUUCUUCAAUAUCUUAUCUUUAGAUUUUAUUUUAUGUGUUCAUUAUUGGAGGGGGGGUUUUACUGAGGAUAAAAGUUGAGCUGGCCCAGUUGAGCUGUCAGUCUGCAUCACCUCCCAUUGAACUUCUUGUUUGUGUUCGUGAAGGCCUCUUUGUUCUUUUCUUCUUUUGUAGCUGAAUUAGUUUUACUGAACUUGCUGCCUUUGUUUACUGUUUGUAGGGUUUUCAAGAGUGGGUUUUCUCUGAAGAAGCCGGUGUACCUCUCAUUAAGACACGGUUUGAAGAUUGGAAAGAUGGGUUACCUUUGUGAUUUCUGUUGUGAGCAGAGGUCGAUGGUAUAUUGUCGCUCAGAUGCGGCUUGCUUGUGUCUAUCAUGUGACAGAAAUGUUCACGCCGCCAAUGCUCUAUCGAAACGCCAUUCCAGAACACUCUUGUGUGAGAGGUGCAGUUCACAACCCGCACUAGUUAGAUGUGCAGAGGAAAAGGUCUCGCUUUGCCAGAACUGCGAUUGGAUGGGUCAUGGCACCUCGACAUCAGCUUCAGCACACAAGAGGCAAACUAUCAAUUGUUAUUCCGGUUGCCCUUCUGCUUCCGAGCUCUCCUCGAUAUGGUCCUUUGUUUUGGACUUCCCUUCUACCAGUGAAUCUACUUAUGAGCAGGGCAUGGGAUUAAUGAGCAUAGCUGAGAAUGUCGCCACGGAGGCCUGGCCAUCGUCUAAUGAAGAGGCAUUAGAGGCCGACCGUCAAAACUUGGAGAGUAUUCUUGAGAUGAGUGAUUCACGUGAAGUUGGAAAGUCAAGUGAUUGGGAUGGAUCUCGACCGAUGACUGGGUCGGCUGCCAAUCCAGAGAGACAAGGUCAUCAGCCUACUGAAUCGGGUAGUUCAACAUUGCCAAAGUUAGGCUUUCCUGGAAGUAAAGGCGCUACAUUCUGUGAAGAUGAUGGUCUUUAUGAUGACUUCAAUAUGGAUGAGAUGGAUUUGAAUCUUGAAAACUACGAUGAGCUCUUUGGUGUUGGCGCCAACAAUCCUGAGGAAGCCUUUGAGGGUGGUGGGAUUGGUAGUUUGUUUGGGACAAAGGACAUGUCUGGUGCUGAAUCCUACUGCCAGGGUGCUGCUGCGGCUGAGGUGUCAUCAGUUGGACGUGUGAAUGCAAUGCAGCAUCCUACAUGCAGCAAUGCAGCAUCUGCUGAUUCCAUUAUGAGCACUAAAACUGAACCAGUUAUCUGUGUCACACCAAGGCAAGGUCAUUCAAAUCUCUCGUUCUCCGGCAUUACUGGGGAAAGUAGUGCCGCUGCUGAUUAUCAAGAUUGUGGAGCUUCUCCAAUGCUGCUCAUGGGAGAGUCUCCAUGGGGGCCCCCUGGUGCUGAAGGUUCCCCAUCAGCGAACCGAACUAAUGCUGUGAUGCGGUACAAGGAAAAGAAGAAGACACGCAAGUUUGAAAAGAGAGUAAGGUAUGCAUCCCGCAAAGAAAGAGCCGAUGUACGGAAGCGUGUGAAGGGCCGAUUCGUGAAAGCCGGUGAAGCAUAUGAUUAUGAUCCUUUGACGGAAACCAGAAGCUACUGAGAGUACAAUUUUUUUUAAAACCAAAUUCCCCUUCCAGAGAAGGAAAGAUCAGAUUGUUCUGAUGUGGAGAAAUUCAAUCCUUGUCUUUUCAUUAGACACUGGCUGAAUAUCUCUACUUUUCCUUGCAGUGACAAUAUGUAACUGACUCUGAGGGUUUGAAGAGGAAGGGAGAAAGUAAUGUCAUAGGACGAGGAAAUGGAUCGCGGGAUUUAUAGUACUCAGGACGACGAAAUUGAGUUCCCCUCCAUUCCCGAAGCCAUUGUCUGACUGACAAAAUUCCUGGAACAAUGGAGAGAGUACUUCAUUUGCAGUGUAUAAAAAAUGAUGAUGAAUGUUGGUGUAGACGUCUGACGAUGUUUUGGUAUUCUUGGAUUCGCCGGCAGUCGCUUUGCGAGAAAGAGCGGCUGAUCUCACAGGCUAGAGAAAUGAUCUCUCUGACUUAAGUCCUCAGCUUAAGUUAUAAUUUUGAUGGUAUGUAUAGCAAGAUGAAGAUUCUAUGUAUCUUUAUUAUUCAGAGAGCUGUGGUGACUGGUGACGAUAUCGAUAGCUGCCCCUCAGUGUUCCGGAGGGGUUGGUUAAAACUGUCUUUCUACAGGUUUGUACAUAUAUAGCCUCUAGGUAGAAUUGACUUCAACUAUGUAUUCCCUCUGAAGAGCUUUCUCUGUAACGAUGAGAUAUGGUUGUUUCUGAAGCGUUUUGUGCUAGUGAAUUACUGUUUCUGUUGAUUAUGGAGCCAUUGCUUUGGAGAUAAUGUUUCGAAGAUACCGGACUGAUCUUCUGUUUGAUCAAGUCUGUCAGAUGCUGCAACUAUGGUAUACCUUCAAGCUAAUAACUGGUUGAUUAGGCU